AAGUGCAUCAUCGACCGUUUCCAAACACGGUUUGCGUGAUUUUAUCGGCAAAUUUCCUCAAAAAGUAAUUUUAUAAUACUUUAAUUUACACAAGUGCACAUUAUGUCUCGCCAAAACACCCGGCUGGAUACGAAGAAAGUGUGCUACUUGUGAAAUUGUGUUAUAAAGUGAAUUAACAGCUCUCGGUUAGUGUAUCGGUCGAUAAACUUUCGGGGUCGCAAUGCAACAAGCGGAUCCAUCGUUGGUCAAGGGAAACCUUGUCUUCAAAAUGGAAGGGGCGGCGGAUCAGAGACAUCACACUACUGCAACGAUUGGAACCGGUGGUGGCGUACAGGUGCUCCAGGUCCAGGAUCAGAGUCAGCAACAGAUGUUACUUCAAAGUUUGCAGCACCAUAUGAGCGCUAAUCAGGGAGCCGUUGGGCAACAGGUUCAGGUUGUCCCGAUAACUAGUUUACCGGGACAGGGGCUUGUUUUGGGGAAUCAAGCGCAAACCGCCCAGCCUCAGAUGGUACAAUUUGCGAUAGAUGGAGGACAAACUUUUCUGUACCAACCUGUAACACUUCCUACGGAAUCUAUCCAGAACGUCAACAUCAAUGGGAACAUCGUACAGAUUCCAAGCCAAGCGGCCACUUCGGCAACACCUGUCGUUAUGCUAGCAGCGGCCUCCGAUCAAAGUGGUAUCGCAACGGUUCAGAAUGCGAUCUUUAAUCCACCGCUUUCGACUCCAAUUCAAACUGGAACGACGAUCGCGAAUGCCACUGCUGUCAGCAGUAAUGCCGCACAAGCCACCCCGGCAGCUUUCGUAACACCCAAAGUCGAACCCGUGGAUGCACCGAGUAUCUCUGGAGCUGAUCAACAAGUAUCGAACGAACCGGAAGAGGAACCACUGUACGUGAAUGCCAAACAGUACAAAAGGAUCCUGAAGCGGCGCCAAGCACGAGCCAAACUGGAAGCGCUGGGUAAAAUUCCCAAGGAGCGACCCAAGUAUUUGCACGAAUCCCGGCACAAGCAUGCGAUGAACCGGGUCCGAGGCGAGGGAGGACGAUUUCAUACUAAGGAUGAUAUGUAGUAGGUUUGUGAUGCUCUCAAUAAAUGUAUGUUUUGGA